AUGGCUGGGGUUGACGUAGUGCCAUCCUCUAUCCGAUACGAGUUGGUGGAAAGUAAAGUUAUUGCCGAGAGACUUGGAUAUGACGUACUUCCUGACAAUUUUCGGGAAAGCGGAUCUUUGCCGGGUGGCAACUAUUUUGCGGUCGCAGGAUUUAAAAAAACCCAUUACUACCUUUACCCCUCCAAGGAAGACUUUAUUGCUUACUUCCUGAAUCAUUACUUCGACAUCAAUUUCGUCAGCCAAAAUCGGCGAAUGCGGCCCUAUUUAAUUAGAUUCAGGGGGGUACCUGUUAGAACAUUCACAGAUUAUCCCCGCCUGGCGUCCGUUGGUGCCCAACCACAAGAAAUUAUUUCGGCUGUCAUUUCAAAGCUGCCUCAUUUAAAAAUAGUCCAUAUGGCCUAUUGUGGAAUUUUUAUUUCCCGUAGGGAUGAAUAUUACGGCAUUGACGACCAUAGGCGAGUUUUUCUACACACAUUAUGUUGGUAUAGAAGAGUUUAA